GAAAAAUCAAUAUAACUCCGGCAGUUUUGAAGGUAUCAUAUUAAGAGAUGUCGGGACUUGAUCAUGAGACUAUAGUGAGUCGAAUCCUCGAAGGACUUAAUCAUAACCAAAAGGAAGCAGUAAUUGCACCCUAUAAUGGGAGGUUGCAAAUCAUUGCUGGACCCGGAACAGGUAAGACUAAAGUAUUAACAUCAAGAGUUGCCUAUUUACUUUUACAUGAAGGGAUAAGUCCACAACAUAUCAUUGUUACCACAUUUACCAAGAAGGCAGCGGCAGAAAUGAUAGAAAGAUUAGAGACAUUAUUGGAGGGACAAGCUGUAGAUUUAUCUAAAUUAUUGAUUGGAACUUUUCAUAGUAUAUGCUUUAGAAUCAUUAAAAUGUAUGGAAAGAAGAUUGGAAUUGCUGAUUAUAAUAUAGCCGAUGAAAGAGAUUCUAAUCAAUUAUUAAAAGAAAUUGUAGAUACAUUAAAUAGAGGAGAUCUUGAUUUGUUAGCGUCUAUGCCUGAAGAGGAGAAAGUACCGUUACAAAAUCCUAAAGAUCAAAAGUAUGAUAUAAAGAAAAUCAAGAGACAAAUAUCAAAAUUGAAGUCAUCUGGAUUAUCAUAUGAAAACUACCAUAAGGUGGGAGACUCAAGUCGAGUCUUGGCUUUAUUCUAUGGUAAGUAUCAAACCCGAUUACAAGAACAUUUACUUCUAGACUUUGAUGAUUGUUUGUUAAGAUGUUUAGAAUUAAUUAGUCAUUAUCCAGUAUUAAACUUUAUUGAGCAUGUCCUUGUGGAUGAAUUUCAGGAUUCCAAUGAAAUCCAAUUACAAUUGAUGUACAAUUUUGCUCGAGGACAUCCUACUAAUCCGAAAUAUCAGAAUAAUGUUACUAUUGUAGGAGAUCCAGAUCAAAGUAUUUAUGGAUUCCGAGAUGCCCAAGCCAUUAAUUUUGAAAAGAUGAAUGAUUACUAUAAAUUAAAAUAUGGUAAAUCAUGUAAGGCUAUUCAUUUAAUAGAAAACUAUAGAUCUACAUCGGAUAUUCUUAGUCUUUCAGAGACAGUUAUGCGUCAACAACAGAAGCGUAUACAGAAGACAUUGAAUUCUCAAUUAACUACAAGUUUCAAACCCGUAUAUAAGAAUUUGAAAUCCUCCGAUGAAGAAGCUUCAUGGAUAUCAUAUCAUAUUCAACAUAUAUUAGCAUUACCAGAAUCACCGUUUAAAUGUUCAGAUAUUGCCAUAUUAGUCAGAGCAGCAUAUCAAACAAGAUCAAUUGAAAAUGAAUUGGUUAGAAGAAGAAUUCCUUAUGUUAUGGUUAGAGGUCGAGCAUUUUGGGAGAGACCAGAAGUUGUAGCAAUUAUAGAUUACUUGAGAAUUAUUGCCCAUGAUAAUGAUAGAGUUGCCUUUAUUAGAUCAUUAAACUUUCCUAAACGAGGAUUGGGAGAGAAGACUCUUGAGUCAAUCCUGUCAGUAGCUGCUAGAGAAGCUGCCACUACUGGGAUAAGUAUUCAUGAUACGUUAAAGGGACUUGUAUCAGGAGAAAUUAAAGGGGUCAAGCUAACAACCAAGAAUAAACCAACACUCACAACUUUCCUUACCUUUUUGGAAGAGUCUCGAAAGAUGAUGGAUGAAAUCGAUGAAUAUUUGAGUAUUGAAAAGGUUUCCUUAGACAAACGACAAGAUAUGCUCAGUAAAUUUUUCAAAUUUGUUGUUGCAAGAUCGGGUCUUAGUAAAGAGUAUGAAGAACAAGAGAAUCAGACAUUGAAUAUGAUGGAAGUAGAAAAGCAAUUCUGUUCCUUUAUACCUCAAGAGAUGGAGAUGCCAUUAUAUAUUGGAGGUACAGAAGAAGAUAUUACUCUGGUCAAUCAAAGUUAUUUAUCAAGAUUUAUUGAAUCUAUUGGAUUAUAUGAAACUGAAACGGCUACUUCAGUAGAAGAUAAGGCUAAGGGGAAAGUUUCAAUUUCAACUAUUCAUGGUUCUAAAGGAUUAGAAUGGCCUAUUGUAUUUGUACCUGGAUUAUCUGAAGGUUUACUUCCUGCUAGUUUUGCUAUAUCUCUGGGAGGUGAAGAAGCUAUUGAUGAAGAAAGACGAUGCUUUUAUGUGGCCACCACAAGAGCAAGAGCAUUAUUGUAUUUAUCAUCAUACACUACUUCGGGAGGAGGAUUCUAUGGUAGAUCCAUAGAUAAAGUUUCUCGGUUCAUUGAUAAAUUAAACAAUAAUAAAAUGAUUAAAGAUACUCAAGAAGCGUUUAAUGAUUGGCAAUCUUUAGUGAAGUUAUAUGGAAUUAUAGGACAAACUACACCAACUGCACCAACUGCUCAAGGGUUCUGUAUUAAUACAUUCAAUCGCUUAUUACAUUCAAGAUUUGAUGCCUAUUUUCAAGGUGUUAAGUUUCCUAUUAAGACAGAAGAAUUUGUGGAUGGUAAGCAUAUAGAAACCCAUAUUGAUCCAGUAAUGGGAUUCACUAGUGCUAGUGUCAAUAUGCAUGUUCCUAAGCGGUCUGUUGGGUUAUACAAGAGAAGUAAAUUGGCCAAUGGGAGUAGCAGUGGUGGUAGUAGUAGAAGUAAUCAAAGUAAUCAAUUCAAAUCUCCUCUACCAUUACCAGUGGUAACUAAAAGAGCUCCAACGUAUGCUCCUACAACUAAUACAGAAAUCACAAUAAAAAAGCUGGCCAAUAAUAGAGCCCCUCCGUAUAUUCCCAAUAGGAAAUCGAAGUAGGCAGUACUUGCUAUUAAUUAAUUAAUUAUAUAUA